AAUAUCAAACAGGCAGAGGACAGGGAACAACGAGUGAACUCCCUGUUAGAAGCCUCUGUUCCUCCGUGUUUUCUGGAAUCCUCAGUGUCUACUUUGUCCUCUGUGAAUAGAGGCCAGGCUCACUUUAGCACAGACUUUAUGUGCCUGUCCUCUUCAAAGCCAUGUGGCUCUACUUGGUGUUUCUCCUGGGCCUGUGGAACCUCCUGCGCUUGUUCAGGGAGAGGCAGGUGGUGAGCCAUCUCCAAGACAAGCAUGUCUUCAUCACGGGCUGUGACUCCGGCUUUGGGAACCUGCUGGCCAGACAGCUGGACAGGAGAGGCAUGAGGGUGCUGGCUGCAUGUCUGACAGAAAAUGGAGCUGAGGAGCUGAGGAGCAAGACAUCAGACAGGCUGGAGACGGUGAUCCUCGAUGUCACCAAGACAGAGAGUGUUGUGGCAGCCACUCAGUGGGUGAAGGAGCGUGUUGGCAACAGAGGACUCUGGGGUCUGGUCAACAACGCUGGCAUAUCCAUCUCCUGGGGUCCCAGUGAGUGGCUGACCAAGCAGGACUAUGCAAAGGUACUGGAUGUGAACCUGUUGGGCAUGAUCGAUGUGACGCUGAGCAUGCUGCCCUUAGUGAGGAAGGCAAGGGGCCGUGUGGUCAACGUCUCCAGCAUCAUGGGCCGAGUGUCUUUCUCUGGUGGUGGUCCUUACACCAUCUCCAAGUAUGGUGUUGAGGCCUUCUCGGACUCCCUCAGGAGGGAGCUCUCGUAUUUUGGGGUGAAAGUGGCUAUUAUAGAGCCUGGUUCCUUCAAGACUGCUAUGAGCAGUAGUGACAGAUUAUUGUCAAAUAUAAAGAUGGUGUGGGACCAGGCCAGCUCAGAGGUCAAAGAGAUCUAUGGCGAGGACUUCCUGGCAUCAAAUCUGGCUAAGCUAAAGUCAUUGGACCAAAAGUGUAAUGAGGACCUCUCCUUGGUGACGGACUGCAUGGAGCACGCACUGACUUCCUGUCACCCUCGCACUCGGUACUCAGCUGGUUGGGAUGCCAAGCUCUUCUACCUCCCCAUGAGCUACCUGCCUACCUUUCUUGUGGAUGCCAUGGUCUACUGGAUCUCCGUGAAGCCUGACAAAGCUCUGUGAAGCCUACAUCUGUUUCUGUAGCUGGCGGUAUGUGAGUGUAGUGUGAGGGAACAGAUCCUCAGGAGAAGGAAGAUUCCUGGGAUCAGGACAAACUUGUCAUUGGGAAGAACAUCCAUAGGGGCCUGACUGUCCUUCAGUCUGUAUGAAUACAGUGGACAUAGAGCCACAGGGGAAACUACUAUGUUUAAACAAAGGUCCCCCUUAUGGGUGAAAAUACAAACUGAUCUUCCAUGUC